GCUGUUCACGUGGGGUCUUUAAAGUUUUUUACAAAUAAAUAGAAGCCGGUUUACCCAUAGAUAAUCGUCGCGAGAGACACCCUAUUUGCAGACCCUCCAAGAUUUUUGUGCUGUAUUUCACCCACCCAAUCCAUUUGUUAAGGAAAUUUUCUGGAUAAAAAGUAUAAAUUCUGAUUUAUCAUUUGUUAUUUAUCUGCAUAGUGGCAAGUAGAACAUAAAUACUAUAAAUCAUUCUCAAUUUUUGUUUGCAUGCGUUGCAAAACGUAACUCUAAUAUGGCUCGCAAAUAUCAAAAGUCUGUAUUGUAGCAUAAGGACCCUCAACCUGGUCGCUAGCCAAGUCAGAGGAUUAUCCCAUUUAUUUGGGAGUCUAUAAAUUAAUAGAGUAUUUUCAAUAAGGGGGCGCUUAUAUAUAAGCAAAAUCAUUUUUUCUUGACCUUGAAAGUUCAACGAACAGAUAACCACAAUCCAGGAAGUUUACUAAACAUUUAUAACAGAUAGCUGAAAUUUUGCAUACAUAAAGCCAAAAUGGAAAACAUACGUUUAUUUAUUUCGGUGAUCUUUAUUUUAUUUUUUACACGUUCAAUUUCCCAACAAUUGAAUAUUACAGAUAAUGUAGGAAACAAUAAGAAGAUAGUUUGUUACUACAGAUAUCAAGGAAAUGAAUCUCAUCGAUUGACUCCAGAUCAAAUAGAUGUAAAUUUAUGUACUCACAUUAUAAUAGGAUUCGCUGGAGUACAUAAAUCACAAGUGUCCUAUGAUAUCAAAAAUAUUCCAGGAUAUCGUUGGACAGUUUCAUUAAAAGAUAAAAAUCCUAAUUUAAAAAUCAUGCUGUCUUUAGGAGGCGGGGGAAACGAAGGAGGAUUUACUGAGGCUGUUUCUUCAAAAGAAAAUCGGGAAAAAUUUAUUGAAUCAAUGAUUAAACUUUGCCGAGAUGUUAAAUUAGAUGGAAUCGAUCUUGAUUGGGAAUUUCCUGUUUGGAGGCACUCCUUAGGUCGACAAAAUCUUGCAGACAAAAAAAACUUGAUAUUGCUUCUGAAGGAAUUUAAACUUGCAUCAGAAAAAGAAUUUUCAGAAAAUCCUCUUUUGAUGUCGGUGGCUGUUGCAGGGCCGAAAAGUAUCGUAACUGUGGCGUAUGAUAUUUCAAUGAUGUCCAAAUACGCCGAUUUCAUUAAUUUGAUGAGUUACGAUUACAAUGAUUAUAAUUGGUAUACUCCUUACGUUGCUCACAAUUCUCCAUUAUUUAACAGUAGACGUGAAAUAGGUUACUUUGCAACCUUAAACACAAAAUGGUCUGCAGAUUAUUUUAUAUCUCAAGGUAUGGACAGAUCCAAACUGAUGAUUGGAUUACCUCUUUACGCUCAUACUUACAAGCUUCUUUCAAGAUAUAACACUACACCUGGUAGUGUAGCAACAGGUUCUGGUUUGGGCGGAGGUGGAUUAUCGUAUCCCGAUGUUUGUGAAUUUUUGGAAAAUGGUGGUACUCGAGUGUUUGACGAUGAAGCCAAAGUCCCUUAUGCGUUUAAAAAUAGAGAUUGGAUAUCCUACGAUGAUUAUGAAAGCGUCAAAAUAAAGUCUGAAUGGACGAAAGAGAAUAAUUUUGGUGGAGUUAUGACAUUCAGUCUUAAUACUGAUGACUGGAAGGGAACAUGCGAUGGAAAAACUAAAUUUCCAUUAAUGAAAAUCAUUAAAAAAAUAAUUCACGAAUAACGAAUUUCGAAUUUAUAUUUAUAACUAAAGAAAUAUAUUUUAUACAAGUUUAUGUACUGUGUUNUGUA